UUUUUCUUCCAAGGCCUUCAACAAUGGUGACUUCCAUUUUCUUCUUUGUUCUGUUAUUCACCACAGUUCUUUCACGAACAACUCCAGAUAAUGCCUCAAGAACAAAAAUCCUCGACGUUUCUUCCUCCAUUCAGAAAACCUAUAAUCCGUUCUCACUUGAUUCGUCUCUGAAUUCUCUGAAACAUGAAGAAAAUCAAAUUUCUUCAUCAUUGCUGAGUUUUCAACUGCAUUCUCGAGUAGCAGUUCGUGGGACUUCACAUAAGGACUACAAUUCAUUGAUGCUAGCUCGACUUGAACGUGACUCAGCUCGAGCUAAAUCACUUCAAACUCGUGUAGAUCUGGUUGUACAAGGAAUUGGAAAAUCGGAUCUCAAACCGAUGGAAACUGAGUUUCGAGAGAUUCAAGCUGAGGAAAUUGAAGGACCAAUUAUCUCCGGGACAAGUCAAGGAAGCGGUGAGUAUUUCUCACGAAUCGGAAUCGGUCAUCCGCCGAGUCAAGUUUAUAUGGUGUUAGACACAGGAAGUGAUGUUAACUGGGUUCAAUGUUCUCCUUGUGCUGAUUGUUACCAACAAGCUGAUCCAAUUUUUGAACCUGCUUCGUCUUCGACGUUCUCUCCGCUCACUUGUGAAACGCAACAGUGUAAAUCGCUUGAUGUUUCUGAAUGCAGGAAUGAUACUUGUUUAUACGAAGUAUCUUACGGAGAUGGCUCGUAUACAGUUGGAGAUUUUGUGACGGAGAGUAUCACAUUUGCCGGUUCGUCUUCCGUUGAGAAUGUAGCUAUCGGCUGUGGACAUAAUAACGAAGGUUUAUUCGUCGGAGCAGCAGGAUUAUUAGGUCUCGGCGGCGGCGCUUUAUCAUUUCCUUCACAGAUAAAUGCAUCUUCCUUCUCUUACUGCUUAGUCGACCGUGACUCCGACUCUACCUCAACUCUCGAGUUCGGCGGCGCAACUCCGCCGAACGCCGUCACAGCUCCGAUAAUCAAAAACUCAAAACUGGAAACAUUCUACUACGUAGACUUAACCGGAAUCAGCGUCGCCGGCAAUAUGCUUUCAGUUAAUCCAUCAGAUUUCGAAAUAGCCGACAACGGCGACGGCGGAGUAAUCGUCGAUUCAGGUACGGCGGUGACGAGAUUGAAGACGGACGUGUACAACACGCUCCGUGAUGAGUUCGUGAAAGGGAUGAGACACCUGCCGUCAACUAACGGCGUUGCGUUAUUCGACACGUGUUACGAUUUGAAAUCGAUGAAAAGCGUUGAGGUACCAACGGUGUCGUUUCAUUUUUCUAACGGGAAUGAGUUAGCGUUACCGGCUAAAAAUUACCUGAUACCUGUUGAUUCAUCGAGUACAUUUUGUUUCGCCUUCGCUCCAUCGUCGUCGUCGCUAUCGAUAAUCGGUAACGUUCAACAGCAAGGGACACGUGUCAGUUUCGACCUGGUAAAUUCUCUCAUUGGAUUCUCAUCCAAUCAAUGCUAGUAGUAAAAUUGUUUACUUCCCGUUUUACCCCUUAGUUAGGAAGUUAUUUUCAAUUUUGGUCAGGGCCUACUUAAAAUAACUGUAACGUGAUGAAGUGGGACCUGGUUCAGUAUGCGUGUGUGUGUGUUAUUAUUGCAAUUUCAGUAUGUUUUUUUGUAUAGUAA